UUUCCUAUUGCAAAAUUCCGUGUAAAAUCAAUCUAAAUCGGCACCGUUUGAUCCGGAAUAAAGUGCACAACGAUGAUGGAGGAAGCGCAGAAAGAGGACUUCAUCCAGAAGCGGUUGAAUAAAAUUCUGGAAACGCGAAUCGAAACGGACCGGGAGACGUUGGAUGCGCUGGCGGAUUUGUCGCAGUUUUACACGGAAAAUACUCUGCAAUCGAGGCGGAACCUGCGGAGCCAGAUCGAGCGGAGAAGCUUGGCCAUCAACGAGAACUUUCUAGCAUCCUUCCGCGAAGUCAAACUAGCCCUGGACGACAUCUGUGCCGACAUCGCUGCCAUCGGCGGUUCGGUCGAGAGCAUGAAAACCCAGCUAAGCAACACCGAAGCCCAACAGAAGGAGUUGAUCCAGCAGGCGAACACCCUCCAGGAGGAGAACAACAAACUUCUGCUUCAGCAGCGGAUUGCCUCCGGGUUCCUUUCCCGCUUCCAACUCUCCGUUUCCGAACAUCAAACGCUGUACGGAGUGACGCGCGAUGAGCCGAUAAGGGCCGAGUUCUUCAACGUUCUUGAUCACGUUCAGAUGAUCCAUUCGGAUUGCAAGACUCUGCUGCAAAGCGGCUACCAAACGGCCGCUUUGGACAUCAUGGAAGAGAUGACACUCCACCAGGAAGCCGCGCUGGAACGGCUCUAUCGAUGGACCCAGAGCCACUGUCGCAACGUUGACACCAAUGAAAUCGGUCUGUUGGUAAUCCAAGCCAUGGCAAGGUUGCAGGAACGACCCGUUCUGUUCAAAUAUGUGAUCGAUGAAUAUUCCACUGCUAGGCGUUCGGUCGUCGUCAGAAGCUUCAUUGAUGCCCUCACGGUUGGAGGUCCCAAUACCAAACCGAUCGAAAUGUCCGCUCACGAUCCAAAGCGAUACAUUGGAGAUAUGUUCGCCUACAUUCAUCAGAUUUUGCCGGUAGAGAGGGAGAAUUUACUGAUGUUGGUUAAAAUGUGCGACAAAGACAUCACCGAGCAAAUCCAGCUGGCGAUGACCAACAUUUCCGAUGGAGUCUGCCACCCUCUGAGAGUUCGCGUUGAAAUGAUUCUCAACACGGAGAAGGAUACCAUUGCUCUGUACUCGAUUUCAAAUUUGAUCCGCUUCUACCAAAAUAUGAUCAACAAUGUCGUCAAAGGUGGCCAGCUGGAGCAGUGCAUUGCCGAGCUUCAAACACAUUCCGAGUCUUGUUACCUUAGCUCGCUAACAUAUCAAGUAAAGCAACUCCUGCAAGGCCCCAACGAACACAAACUGGGAUUGGAGCCACCGCAAACCGACCUCGUUCCAUCGUCCAGUGUUGGAAAGCUCCUGAACCUGCUGAAGGAAAUCCUCUCCGUAGCCAGCAUGGUGGAAGGCAGCCAAUCGGACAUUCUAAAAAUAGUAUCCUGUGUAAUCGAUCCCUUGCUGCAGUCGAUCCAGGAAUCGGCCUCGCACCUACCGACGACCGAUAUGGCAGUCUACCUGCUGAAUUCACUCUACCAUAUCGAAAGCGUCCUAACUAUCUACGAGUACAUGGAAGAACGCCUAGAACGGCUUCAGGCUCAAUCCGACGCCCAACUGGAUACCCUAACGUCGGAGCAAGCUUCUUCGUUGGUGGCCAAUCUGAAUCUGGGACCCAUCUACACGGUACUGCAGAGCAGUGCUGCCAAUAUCGAGCAACGCCAUCUGCAGAUGUUCAUGUCAAAGCUGGAUAGCUUUUUGGAAAUGCCGGAAAUUCUGCUGCUGCCGCAGGUUAAUCUACUGUUGAGCGGGAACCAUCGUUCGACCGUGCAGAAACGUUCCUUCAAUGUGAUUGCUGCAAUAUACAAACAAAUCUACGAAAGGAUUCACGAUCGCAGCAGUGGCUACGAAAGGCCAGAGGUGGUGUUCUCGAAAACUCCUGAACAGGUAGCGGAGCUACUUUGCGGUUGAUUUGCUGAUGUGGAAUGCUAAUUAAAUAUAUGUUGCCUAUCUAUAGCUUCGAU